AAAAUUAAUAAACAAAAGGAGUUGUGAAAAUGUUUGCUGAUAAUAAACUCAAAAGUUGUUGAAGUGUUUGUUUUUUAAUCGAAUUCACCACUUAGUGAAGAAGGAGCCUCGAAGAAAUGAAAACUAAAAAAACCGCCAGCCCCCAUUUGUGUUGAAUUUAUAGCCAUAUAGAAAAUUAGUUGUAUGUUUUUUGUUGUUGUUGCUGCCAUUGUCAGUUUUUUUUGCUGCUGUUGUCUGUUGAAGAAAUUUCACACACAUAUAUUUUAGAGAGUGUUUAUAAACCCUCUCAGACACACAACACUCGUUUCACAUGCAAAUUCAUUCAGUCAUGUUUAGGUACAUCCAUGAAUAGAUUCCUCUCCUCUUGCUUAACUGGCGUGGUGUGUUGUAGAGUGGUGUGUUGUGUUUUAGGCACUGAAGAACAAAAUCUUUUGCCGCAAAAGAGGUGAAAAAACCUUCAGCACACAGCCUACGAAAAUUUUGUUGAAACAAAUAUCAACAAGAACAACAACAAUACUAGUGAUGCGCCAACAUACACACACACACACAUGAGACCAGACAAAUAUUCAUUUGCCUUUUUUUUCCUACUCAAUCGAUAUCGUCGAUUUUUGUGUUGUAUGUGCUCCCCUUUCAGUUGUCGAAUGAAAAGCGCCGCAAACAGACAGAUCCGCGUAGAAUCUGCUGAUUUUAUUUCGGUCCCUUCUUUUUUUCUUCCAAUCGAAUUCCGAGUAGCAGCAGCCAGCCAGCCGCAGUUCUCAUUAGACGUUUGAAAAAAGAAAAAAAAAAAACAAAUAAACAGCAGACGGUAGAACGGAACAUGUGCUUCAACAACGGUCAGUGAUCGCUCAGAGGCUAGACAACAAACAGAAAAGAGCAAUUAUUUUGGACAAAAAUCCGAAGAAGUCCUUUUAAAAUCUGGUCAUCAACUGUUGGAUAGCUCUUAACGUAACCUAACAUCAUUCCUCGUGUCGUCCGUUAGCCCUGCGUGCGUGCGUGCGUUCGUGUUUGCGUGUGUAUGUCGUAUGUCUGUUGUGUGGCGUUAAACAGAAAUAUUGCUCCCAACUCAGCUGCUAAGCUAAACUAUUUUUAAAAAUUUGUGUUAAAAAUCUGUUCAGCUCGGUGAGUUUAGAAAAAAUAAUGAAAAUUUUUGUAGCUACAAGAAAAUCUAAAAGAAAAUCACCUCCACCACCAACACCAGCAGCCAGCCAGCCAGUGAAGAAAAACUAGUGCAAUGUUAUGAAAAAACAGCGAAAAGAAAAAUUCAAGAAAUAUAUAUAUUGAAAAAAAUUAAAAAAAAAAAAACACACACACACAAAAAGAAAAUAUUUCAAAAAAAAGGAAAACAGAAAUCGACAAAAAAUAUUAAAAAAGGAAAAAAAAAUACAAAGCUGGUUGCAGUGCAAAAAAUUAUCUAUUUACGAAUCUCUAUAAAAAAAAUUGUAUUAAUUAGAGAUAUACAAAAAAAAACAAUAAUUCAAAGUGUUAAGAAUAAUUGAAAGUGUUACAAGCAGAGCAUACGAAAAAGAGAAAAAAAAGAGAGUGGCAGCAAGUGAUUGAGUACAUCAAUUAAUUCAAGUGUCAACAAAGAGUUGAAGCAAAUUUCUUGUUUCCCCCCACCCACACCAUCUCUAUUUAGCAAAAGUGCUUCAAUAGCAACAAAAGCAAAAAAAGAAAACAAAAACAACGAAUGUUACAACGACCUCUAUAUAGAGGAGAAGAAAUGCUUAGUGAAGAAGUGUCGAAAUUAAUAUAAAUAAAUAUCUACCUACCUAUUUACUGUUAUAUUUGCCAAACAUGAGCAUUAACAGAGAAACAAAAACAACCAACGACCACAAUUAAAUUUGCAAUUAAAAUAUUGACAACAACUGUGUGGAGUGUAAACAAACGAGUGAAAGAAAACAAAAAAACCCGCAAACCCAAACAAAACAAAAAACUACUACGAAGACUCAGUGAUCAACUUUAUUGGCCAACAACAACAAAAACGCCUGUAACAACCUCAUCUGCUGCGAAGGAGAGGGAGAGAGCGCGAAAGAAAGAGUGCAAAGAAUUUUUAUUCGCAUAGCAAGCCUAUCCCCAUCUGAAUCACGUUCAAACUAAAAAUGGCCAGAUAGUAUUUAACCACGAAUGCAAAUCUACUUUCAACGAGCAAACGCACCCGAUAUAACGCUACACAUUAAGCAAAAUUUUUCCAAAAAAAGAAAACAAAAAGAAAGUGCUAACGAAUCCAAAACGAAAUUGGCUAAACUUCAGAAAGAGGACAUUGGAUUAGCUGCAGCCGUUUUGAGAAAUUAAGAAAAAAGAAUCGAAGAUAACCGCUAAGCAACGAAAUCCCAGUCGUGCAAGAACACACCGAAGCCAAGCCAAGCUUUGUUCAUUCAUUUCUUGUCCCCCCAGCCAAGCCAAGCGGCAAAAGAGAGCAAAUGUAGUAAAUGUUGAGAAUCUAAAGCUUCAUAGUUUAUAGAGCACGCCACACUUCUCUGUCUUCUCUUCCCACAAUCACCUAACUACAGAUAGAAUAGCAAAGCUAUACAUACCAACGACAACAAACAAACACCAGAGAAAGAGAGCGAGAGAGAGAGAGACAAAAGCUGCACUCAACAAAAGCAAAACAAAGGCACCACCUUCCCAUAUCCUUCCAAAAUAGAAUUGAGACAAAAAAUUAACUAAAUCUAAAUUUAAAAAAAAGGAAAAAAAACACACACACACUCACAAGCUUUAAGCACCCCUUUUUCGCACUAAAAGCACCAAACCAAAUCGCUUUGAACGAAAACAAAAACCAAGACAGAAACUCCAGAAAAGAAAAAAAAAAAUCAAUCCAAGAAACGCUUCUUCCAAAAUUAGUCAUAAGCUUAAACAUACAAUAAAGCCAAAGCCUCAGACCACCACAAAACGAUCACUUCUAUCAUAGAACUCAUACACACACAAAGCAAAGCUUAGAGUAGACACCAUACUGGCAACAACAAACAAAUAUCUAGAGAGACACCACAGCUUCACCAGACAACAACACCAAGCAAGCCCAGCCAAGCUAAGCGAACUCUUUAAGCUUCAGCCGUCCAUAACCAUAGAGCAACUGAGAGAGUGAUUUAUUCCCUCUCUCUGCAGAUAUCUCUUCAAAGUAAAGACGCCACAAACGCUUAUUGUAAAUAUUUUUUGUCGAUUGUUGUAGGAGCUAUUGCGCUAACAGCUGUUUAUUGUGCCAACUGCGCGCUAACACUGUGUGAGUGGAAGAACACCCCUGGCAACGCAGCAGACGUGGGCGAAUAGAAGGCGUGUUCUUCAACAGCAACAACAACAGCCACAGCUGCUAACCACAUCAGCGCUACACCACCAACACCCUCCACCUCCACCUUCACCAUAGAAAGAGCAACAACCGCAAUCAUAAUUUUAAAUCACUAACGAGAGAGAGAGAGAGAGAGCAAGCGAGAGAGCCCUAAAUUGGGGAGGAGAGAACAAAAUUUCCUACAAACACUCUCACCCAUUUUAUUUGAACAAUACAAUAGAUAAGAUGGGUCGGUUUCUACCGAAACGAUUAGCGUCGUCGUCGAUACAGCUGCUCGCAGUAGCACUUUGUAUGCUCUUGGCGUCUUGCACAAUAACGCUCACACUAGCUGCCGAUGAUAAUAACGAUGAGAACAAUGGGAACGAUGAAACAAUGUCCACAACUUUGAGAACCGUCACCGAUGCCCUGAUUGGCGGCCCUGAUGAUGACAACGAUGGUCACAGUAAUGCAUCAUCACCGGCGUCAGUUGAGACCACAUCGGAGGCGGCGCUCGAAAAUGUCUCAGUAGCGCUCGCGCAAGGCUCCGAAGGUCUCUGUACCGAAGGUCUAGUUGUCCCCAUAUGGAUGCCCCAAACAAAUCUCAGCACGGGAGAUCGCGUGGCUCGUGGCUUGUGUUAUUUCUUUGCCAUGAUAUACCUGUUUAUCGGCGUUUCGAUUGUGUCCGAUCGCUUUAUGGGAGCAAUUGAAGUAAUCACGUCCAAGGAGAAGGAGGUGGUGAUCAAGAAGAAGAAUGGCGAAAAACAAAUUGUCGUGGUGCGCGUCUGGAACGAGACGGUGGCCAAUUUGACGCUUAUGGCUUUGGGCUCGAGUGCCCCGGAAAUUCUGCUCUCUGUCAUUGAGAUGUUUGCCAAGAACUUUGAGGCGGGCGAUCUGGGUCCCGGCACCAUUGUGGGUUCGGCCGCCUACAAUCUCUUCGUGAUUAUAGCUUUGUGCGUUUUGGUUGUUCCCGAUGGAGAGGUGCGUAAAAUCAAGCAUUUGCGUGUGUUCUUUGUCACGGCCACGUGGUCGGUAUUCGCCUACAUCUGGUUAUAUCUCAUCCUGGCCCAAAUCUCACCCGGUCGCGUCGAGGUGUGGGAGGGUCUGUUGACCUUCAUGUUCUUCCCGGCUACCGUGUUGACCGCUUACAUUGCGGAUCGCCGCCUAUUGAUUUACAAAUACCUGGACAAGAAUUAUCGCAUGAACAAGCGUGGCGUUAUUGUGAGCGCUGAGGGCGACGCAGCGCUAGAAAUGAACCAGCAAGACAAUGAGAUCAAAGCUUUGGAGGACACGGAGGAGAUGAAAGAUUUCGAGGAGGCACGACGUGAAUACAUUUCGUUGCUUAAGGACCUGCGCAAAAAGUAUCCACAAAGUGAUCUGGAGCAAUUAGAAAUGAUGGCACAGGAGCAAAUGAUCAAUCGUGGUCCCAAGUCGCGGGCCUUCUAUCGCAUUCAGGCCACUCGCAAAAUGAUGGGCAGCGGCAAUAUCAUGCGCAAAAUUCAAGAGCGCGCCCAAAGCGAUUUGAGCGAGGUCAAGGCCCAGCUGCAACGUGUCGAUGUUGUGGCCGACGAAGAGGAGGCUCCCCUGCGCAUUUUCUUUGAACCCGGCCACUAUACGGUCAUGGAGAGUUGUGGCGAAUUCGAGGUGCGCGUCGUCAGACGCGGCGAUCUCUCCGGCUACACCACUGUCGAAUAUCAGACAGAAGAUGGUAGCGCCGAGGCAGGCAGCGAUUAUGUGGGCAAAAAGGGUGUACUCACCUUCCCGCCCGGCGUCGAUGAGCAACGCUUCAAGAUCGAGGUAAUCGAUGACGACGUCUUCGAACAGGACGAACAUUUCUAUGUGCGUCUCAGUAAUCCAUCAGAACCGGCCGUCCUGUCGGUACCGAAAGUGGCCACAGUCAUGAUAUUGGAUGACGAUCAUGCUGGCAUCUUUGCAAUUAGCCAAAAAGAUCACGAAUUGGUUGAAUCGGUCGGUGCUUAUGAACUCAAAGUGCAACGUUAUUCGGGUGCGCGCGGCAAAGUAAUCAUCCCCUAUUGGACAGAGGAUGGUACGGCCAAGGGUGGCAAAGAUUUUGAACCACAACAAGGCGAAUUGGUGUUUGAAAACAAUGAAACAGAAAAACUUAUAACACUUGGAAUUAUUGAGGAAGGCAGCUAUGAGAAGGAUGUACUCUUCUAUGUCAACAUUGGUGAACCCAUUAUGGCACCAGUAUCCACCAUGAAUUUCAGACUUAUACAGGAAGCUGAAAAUAAGCCACCCGAGGAGUUAACCGAAGAGGACAAAAUGGCUUUGUUGGGUCGUCCCAAGAAUGGUGAUGUUGUACGCGCACAAUUGCGCAUUAAGGAGAGUAAAGAGUUUAAGAAUACUGUAGACAAACUUGUACAAAGAGCCAAUGCAUCUCUUGUGAUUGGUACAUCCUCAUGGAAGGAGCAAUUCAUCGAAGCACUCACUGUGACUGCCGGCGAUGACGAUGGCGAUGAUGGUGAAGAAGGUGGCAUGGCUGCAUCACCAUCAUGUUUCGAUUAUGUGAUGCAUUUCUUAACGUUAUUCUGGAAAUUAUUAUUCGCAUUCAUCCCACCAACAGAUAUUGCCGGCGGCUAUUUGUGUUUUGUUGUGUCGAUAUCUUGCAUUGGUGUAGUAACCGCUGUUAUCGGUGAUAUUGCAUCAUAUUUCGGUUGUACACUGGGCAUCAAGGAUGCCGUCACUGCCAUUUGUUUUGUUGCUUUGGGUACCAGUAUACCAGAUACUUUUGCCAGUAAAGUCGCUGCCAUCCAAGACAAAUAUGCCGACGCCAGUGUGGGCAAUGUAACCGGUAGUAAUGCUGUCAAUGUCUUCCUUGGUAUUGGUGUGGCGUGGUCCCUGGCCGCCAUUGUGCACGAGGCCAAAGGUACCGUUUAUGCAGUGGAACCGGGAACUAUUGCCUUUUCCGUAACGCUGUUCUGUUCAGAAGCUUUGAUUGCCAUUUUGAUAUUGAUGUUGAGACGUAGUAAAAGUGUGGGCGGCGAAUUGGGCGGUCCCAAGAGAAUCAAAUACGUUAGCAGUAGUAUUUUGUUCAGUUUAUGGGUGAUCUAUUUGCUGGUCAGCACCCUGGAGGCGUAUGGUAUUAUCAAAGGAUUCUAAAUAUCCAAAACAAAACAAAAAAAUAGGCCAAACGCAGCUGAGAGCAUACGGACACUGUUAUAUUUACAACGUCACAGACAUAUACACUCACAUACAAUACCACAACUACAACAACUACCAGAUUUCCUCCAUUUACAACUCACCAACACAGGAGAAGAAAGAGAAAAAGAAGAAGCAUUUCUCUGUUGCUUCUUCUUUAUUUUGUAACACAUCAAGAGAAGAUUAAGAUUAAGGAGAUAUACAACAACAUCAACAACAACCAUAAAAUGGAUAUGUCAAGAAGCAAAGAGAUGGCCAACCAAACAGAAAACAAAAUCCAAACCAUAAAAGGACAACUAGAACAGCAUUAUUACUAUUUGUAAACAAAACUUUUUUAUAUUUACAACUGCAUACAUACAUACACAUAUGUAUACAUAGUACAUACAUUUCACUACUACAAUACUACUACUACUACUACUACUACUACUACAACUACAUUAACUAUAACCACAGCAACUAGAACUACAAUUACAACUACUAUAGUAUACCCCCAUUUAGAGAGAAGUUUCUAAAAGCAAAAGUUAGAUCAAGAAGAGAACUCUUACCCUUGAAUCAAAACAACAACCCCAUAUAAAUGAAAGACGCCAACAAAAUUUAAAACUUCAUUAAAACCAAAGGCAAUUCAAAGUAACUUUAAAUCUAAAACUCUACACUUAAUGUUAGAUCGACGUAAACAAACAAAAGAAACAAAAAAAAAUAAUCAAAACCAAAAAAUUUACUUUAACAAACUAGAAACCAGCUCCAUGCUAAUACAUAUAAUGAAAAAGAAGGACCCAAACAAUUUGUUAAGUGUUGGCUAAAUAGCAUAGCUUCUUUUUUAUGGGAAAUUUUUAACUUAUAACCAUACCAAAAUCUAAGGAAAUGCAUAAAUGGAUCUUUGUACAGGACUAUGUCUAUGCCCCAACUCUAGCCAUCUAUCUACCUAUCGAUCACAAACUCUUAUUGAAACAGUCCAGUCAACGUUUGUAAAACUAGCCGAAAAAUAUGCAAAAGCGAAACACUAAUGCAACUAAGUACUUUAAAUGAUAGCUUAGGAAAUUCAUAAGAAAAAUAUUUAAUUUACUUGUAUUUAUCCAUAAGAAAAGCAAUUUCCUGCCCCUUUCCUAAACCUAAGGCCAUAAAAGUAAUUCACGAAAUAUUAUGUAAAGGAAAAACUUUUAGAUGGAAAGUUAGUCAAACGUAACGUUAUAAAAACUUUCCCAAAAAAGUCCCCCUCAAAUCUUUAAAAAAAAAUUCUCUACCAAAACCAUGUUUUCUAUACGUUACGUUGGACUAACUGCUCUAUUUUUAAAAGAAUAACUUCAUGAUCUUAACAGUACAAAAAAAGUGGUGUGUUGUAUUGCAUGUGUGUGAAGUCCCUCUAGCUUAAAGCAGUGAUAUGUCUGUUAUUAUAUAUCUAUGCUAUGCUAUUUCAAUUGUUUCAUAUAAUAAACAAGAAGACUUUAAUGUUACGUUUGACUAAUUACAUGUUUAAAGUGUUGUCCUAAUAUUAAACAAGAAAAAAAACCUACUUAUGUUAGCUUACAUAAUAUUGUUUGUGCCUACUGCCAUUGAUAAGUUAAACACAUGAAAUGGAUUAGUCAAACGUAGGAUAACAAAACGUUGUAUAAGUUAUUUGCAAAAUAUAUGCUGCGUCACAUUUAAAUUUAAUAGCACAGCUUUAAAUUACAAAUGUUAAUGAUAUGCUGCCGAGACAGAUUUAUUUUUUCAGAAUUCCUGUACGUUACGUUUAACUAACUAUCAACAAAAAUUUAUACUAGAAAAAUUUUUACGCUUUCCUGAAUGUUUGUCAUGGUAAUUGUAGAUCAAAAUUCCUGUAUGUUACGUUCAAGAAGAAAAUUUAUACUAAGACAAUUUGGCAAUUUCAUGGGGAGUUGGCGAUUCUCGUCAAGCAUAUGUAGGUGAGCAAGCUCGUUGCGAUCCAAAGAACCGAUCACCGUGUGAACAGGUUGGCCAUUGGUUAUUCAAAGGCGCCAAUGACUCGCCUUGUCAUAUCGUCCAGCGUAGGCACUAAGUAUUUGUGCAACAGCCGGUGCCACCCGGCCUCACACUGAGACUCUCCGCUCGAUAUCGCUGAUUGUUUGCGACUGCCCUUGCAGCCACUCCGUAUGGAGCAUUCCACCACCCGCAACCUGUGAAAGCGCCCAGUAGCUCGCAACUAAGCUUUUCGUAACAGCAAUGAACACCACACAGAUCGGACGCCAAUGCUCCAGCCUGCGUCGUACUCAUAGUCAACCCGUGCCAGACAAUGCUGUCUAAGAAGUGUUAAGGCUUGAUUUAUUCAAACGUAACUCAUUUUUCUGUAUUCAAAUCGAGUGAAUUUGCAAGUUUACGCCAAAGUAUCUACUAAUUAGAAUGUUGUGAUUACUAAUUACACUAAGCAUAGUGAUAUUAAAGAGCAGAUUACACUGAUCAAUCUGUGCGUGUUAAGGGUCUCUAGGGCCCAAUUAGUCGAAAGCAUCAUUACUGAAAGUUACUAAAAUGUCAAACUGUUAGGUCAGGAUACGCUCAUUUCUUAAUUAUUUAAUGGAGGAUGAAAUGUGGCGAUUAAAAAUGUUACAAAUAAGGGUUGGUACUCUGAUCGGCUUUUCACGUGAACAAAGGUCAAACCACAUACCAAGAAAAAUUUAAAUGAAAAAUGUGUGAAAAAUUAAAAUGCUAUUUUAGGCUAAUGACCUAAAAGUAGCAAUUAUUGGCUACUAUAUAUUGAGUACACUUUUUAUUCCUCCAUUGGCUUCAUUUACUAAUUGA